AUGCAAGUGCAGCUCAUUCUUGCGCUCGCGGUGCUCGCGGCCGGCGACGUCGUCCAGGACCUCUUCAUGGAACACAACGCGCAGCGCACGCAGAAUGGCCUCGCGCCGUUCACGUGCCUCGACACGCAGCUCAACGCACUCAGCGCGAGCCAUGUCGACUAUGAGAUUGGCAUUGACAACAUUGACCACAACGGCUUUGACGAGCGCUGCAAGGCCAUCGGCAACGUCGCUUGCGGCGAAAACACGUUGUACGACUACGAAGGCAGCGCCAAGACGAUGACGACGAGCUGGAUGAACUCGGCGGGCCACCGCGCCAACAUUCUCAACCGCGGCUACAACCACGUCGGCUUUGGCGUCAAGAAGUCGCCGACGAGCGGCAAGUGGUUUGCGACUGCAAUCUUUACGAGCGAGAACCCGACCAAAGCCGCGUGCCUCAACGGCGGCAACGCGACGGACUCGCCAACGGCGUAUCCGACCGAGGACCCCGCGGGCGACGAGACCGAAGUGCCCACCGACGAGCCCUCGGACGAGCCGACCGAUGAGCCGACCGAUGAGCCCUCGGACGAGCCGACCGACGAGCCGACCGAUGAGCCGACCGACGAGCCGACCGACGAGCCGACCGAUGAGCCGACCGACGAGCCGACCGAUGAACCGACCGACGAGCUGACCGACGAGCCGACCGAGUACCCUUCUGACGAGCCCUCGGACGAGCCGACCGAUGAGCCGACCGAUGACCCGACGAGUCGCCCGCACACGAAGCGUCCAUGCACGAAGCGUCCGCGUACCAAGCACCCGCACACGAAGCACCCCAAGCCAACCCCCAAUGCCACGACGGAGGUGCCUUCCGAGCUACCGACGGAGGUCCCGACAGACGAGCCGACAGAGUACCCUACCGAGGCCCCUACGGAUGAGUCCACCGACGCCCCCGAUGACGAGCCCAGUGCUAAGUCCACCGACGAACCCAGUGACGAGCCGACUGACGAGCCUAGUGAUGAGCCCACCGACGAGCUGACAGAAGAGCCCAGUGGUGAGCCCAGUGACGAGCCUACGGAUGAACCUAGCGAUGAGCCCAGCGAUGAGCCCAGCGAUGAACCUACGGAUGUGCCUUCAGACGAGCCGACCGACGAGCCCAGCGAUGCGCCGACAGAGGCACCUACCAAGCAUCCGCAUACCAAGCAUCCGCACACCAAGCACCCGCACACCAAGCCGCCGUGCCCUUCGUCUUCGGGCUCGCACGAUGACAACUACUAA